GAAUUCUUCAGAGAAACCUCACAGUUCAGUUGGAAUCCAGAGCUCCUGCAGUCUGAACUAAUCCUGGUGUGGAUCGUGAAAAUGUUCUGCUUUGUUUUGCUGGUUUUCUCUUUGGUUCAGCUCACCCCAGCUUUACCCAUCACUCAGAAACAUCUGCUGUCCUGCUGCGAGUCUGCAAGUCUCGUGAACGACUGUCUUAACACCAUUAAAGAGUCUGAGACGGAAGCUGAUGCUGAAAUGGCCACGGGAGAUUUAGAGCCGACACAUUUCCCAGCUCGCCGGGCAGCUAAAGUAGCCCUACAUUACAUCAACACACAACACGGCUCACCCUUCAAAGUGUUUGGACUACAGACGGUGCACAAAGCAAGAGUUGAGGCUGUAGAAACAGGAGGCAGGAAAUAUAACCUGGACUUCUCUGUGAUCAACUGGGCCAGUGAGGGUUCAGGUGUGUUGAGUUGUACAGCCGAGGUCUUUUUUCCUCAGAAUGGUCCACCUGAGGUUCAGUAUAACUGUGAUGGACUACAGAACAUCAACUUUACGUCUGAAGAAGCAGAUUUCUUCCAGAAAUACAGAGCGCCUGAGAGCCCGGUCACUGCACAAUACAUACCAGGCAUCUACGGUAACAUGACUGAUGAAAUGAAGCAGUUUUGGCAUUUGGCUCGUGUGGCUGCAUCCUUCAUCAUGCUGAGAGAAUCCAGUGAGAAGACAGAGUUUAAUAUGGCACAGGUGGCAAACAUCACACAACAGGUGACGCAUGAGAACGAGUUGAUGUUGAACUAUUAUGUUCUUCUUCAUGACAUGCCCUCACAGGAGAUCAUUCAUUGGAAGCUGUUGAUGUCUUGGUCUCCAGAUGGGGGCGUACGAGUGCUGAACAGUGAAUGGCAGCCGAAAUGCCCUCACGAUGUCCCACCCAACAAUAACAAUACUGAACCUUAGUCAAACUAAACUCACAGUACAUACAGUUAUCUGAUCAUGAUGACUAAUAAAGUCUAAAAUCUUACUGUUA